GACCUUUGAAUGGAAGUUGGCUAAUCAAAAUGACUCAUGAAUACGAAGACAAUGUGAACAGGAUCUUGGAGUAUCUCACAAGAAAUGACCAGGAAUUGGAGAAUGUUAAUUUGAAUGUGGACAGCUUCCAGCAAGAUAGUUUGAUGGCGGACCCCUGGCCGGCCUCCGAUGACCUCCUGGAGAACAUCUUCUCCCUGGAGCAGGGUUCCUUGAACUUCCUCGAGGAGUCAAUGCCCGACUUCAACCUUUGCGCAGACAAUGGCUCACAACCCGAAGGACUUAGCAGCUCCAGUUCCGACAGUGGACUCUCUAGUGACCAGGCUGAAUAUGACUUCGAGCAGCAACUCUCGCCAUUCCUCAUCCAAAAUUCCUGCGACGACGAACAAAACCAAGUGCUGGAACCCACCAGCCCGGCCCAAGAUGUCGUCAUACAAGACUCCAAUGAGGGCUCAAAUAGCUGCAACGAAGUGGUCGAGGACACUUUUGAUAUGCUGGACUUCGAGCAGAACGUUGUGCCCGGAUUCAUUAACGACAAUACAUUCCAAACUGGUAAAUCCGGUAGAAAACGCCGACUCUCCCAAACUCCGCUAGUCGUGGUCCAGCCGAAAGUGCAACGAUCCACUUUGAAACUCCCCGUCCAGACCGUACAGAAACCCCAACUGGUUGUAAAGGCUCAACCUCAGAAGCCUUUGAAAGUGGCUAAUAUUCAAGUGAUCAACCAUCAACCUAGGGUGUACUGUAAGCCUGUGGAGACAGUCGCACCCCAGAGAAAGGUCAUUCGCGUUGCACCUAUGGCCGGGAACCCUAGAUCGAUUCUGUUACCAGUCACUAUUAAGGAUAUGAAAGAUUUGAAGUCUAUUAAGAUAAUAAAUGCUGCGGAUUUAAAAAAUGCGUCAAAUAUAAAGUUGGCGGCAGCCAAUCUGUUAUCGCAGAGCAAAUUGCAGGAUCUCAAGGUGGAAAGGAGCGAUUGUGACUACGAUAACAAUCAGUGCGAGGAUUCUGGAAGCGACCAUAGCGAAGACGAAGACGACAAGGAAGUCCAAGUCAACGACGGUCGCAAUGGUUACCCCCGUCUCAUUCUAACAGCUGAAGAAAGGCGGCUGUUGGCAAAGGAGGGAAUCACUCUACCCACGAGUUAUCCACUGACAAAACACGAGGAGAGAGAACUGAAGAGGAUUCGCAGGAAAAUUAGGAAUAAGAUCUCCGCGCAGGAUUCUAGGAAGAGAAAGAAGGAGUACGUUGACGGGCUUGAAGACAGGGUAAAACAGUGUACUGCAGAAAAUCAGACGCUCAUAAGAAGAAUAAAGAUUCUGCAGUCGCAAAACCAGUCUCUAACCGCACAGUUGAAGAGAUUACAGAGCGUGCUGACGGGCUGCAGCGCGGCGGGCGGCGGCGGCGGCGGCGGCGGCAAGGCGGCUCCGCCGGCCACGUGCCUGCUGGUGCUGCUGCUGUCCGUGGCGCUGGUGGCGCUGCCGUCGGUGCGCGACGAGCUGGGCGCGCGCCGCCAGCCGCAGGCGCCGCCCGCGCCCGGCGCCGUGACGCGCGCGCUGCUCUCCGCCAGCCAAAUGGCCGCCGCGGACGAGGCCGUGAUCGACGACGGCGAGUUCAACAUGGAUGAGCUAAUCACAUUUAGUCGCCCGCACUCGGACCACGACUACCAAGUUGUCAAGAACUUCGACGUGAACAAAGUCCUCCCGGGAGGAUACGCCGACCUGCCCAUAGACGAGGACUGGCCACCAAAUCUCAAGAAACGUAUGAAAAAACUGGAAUUCGACUACGAGAACGGGAAGGAUUACCUCCCGCCCAUAGUCAAGGAAGAGAAGUACGAGAACUUCUACAAGAUUGAACCGAAGCUGGACCAAAAUGACGUAAGCGAUGACGGGUUUUUCACCAACACGCUCAUUUCCACGGGGAGAAAGCUUGGGGAGUUCCUCGACGUCUUCCCUCCCAUACCGGUCAAGAACGAGGACAUCCUCAUCGAGGAAGUGUCCGAUUACGACCCAAGGAACAUCACAGAGAUAAAGAGCUUCAUUGUCAACAGCACUGUAAAUGAAUUUUAAUUUAUACCACAUCCGUAUUUUGUAUCUUCUUAUACAUUUUCUCGUUAUUUCCUUUCAGAUCGUUAUUUUAUUAUUAUUUUAUACAGAUAAAUAUUUUAUAUUUGCUUUCAAUGAAAUUAUUCCUUUUUAUUAGUUUGUAAGUAAAGUGGUUAUGUCCAGAUAUACAUUUUAAUGUUUUUGAACUGUGUGUGACAAUUCUGCGGUACAUAUUCCUUAUUAUAAGUUAUUAAGACUUUUUUUAUUGUUAUUACGACCACGUAGCUGAGUGAGAAUUCCCCAGUUUGAUUCACAAUCAUUAUUUCCAAUUUCCUUUACUUUUGUUUGGGUAGUUUUUCUAGUCUCCUCGAAGCACAGUUUCAACUUGACGUAAAAACAUUAUUUCUCCUGUCUAAAUUUGAACUGGUCUAUCGUGUUUCAAAAGCUAACAUUCUCCACUUAUCGUAUGUCUAUCUUUUUUAUAUAUAUGCAUUAAGGAGAUUGACAGAAGCUCACGAUAAGAAGUGCUCACUGGAAAUACGUUGCUGAAAAAAAUACUAAGUCUAAUGUGUGCUUCGGAAUGGUCACCCGUCUUUUAAUUUUUAUGCUAGUGAGAACUUGUUUUAUGACGUAUAAUUAGUUAGACCUAAGCAAGUACUUGUGUUCGAUGAGAAUUAGAGGUUUAUUGUAUUUAUUUGUUACUUCAAAAUUAAUAUAUUGCUGCUAUGGAAUAUGUAAUUUGAUUUUUACAAAUCAUUUUAAUUAUAACUAGGGUAAGUUUUGUUUUAAGCAUUUUUCGUGUUAAUUCGGUGCAAUUAUGUUAGCUCUGAUCAGUAUAGUCUUUAGGGUCUUAUUGUGAAGUU